AUGAGCUCCUUCGCGAACAAUGCCGGGAACUACCGAAACCGGACGCUGGGCGCGUCGCCCAAAUGCCAAAAUAUAAGCCACAAGGUGAGCUCGGUGGAGAACGGGCCCUCCGUCUUCUGCACGCUCUGCGCCCUACCCUACAACGCAAAAGUUAGACUGAACCCCUGCUUCCAUGUAAUCUGCGGCAAGUGCUACGAGCUCUGCUCGCAGCAGCAAACCUGUCUGCUGUGCAGCGUAGAGAUAAACGACGUAGAAUUCCUCUUCGUUGGUGAAAAUGUCUUUGUGUGUCCGUACGGCGAUUGCAAAAAGGGCUUCGUCAAUUUGAAGUGCUUCCAAUAUCAUAUUCAUUUUAAGCACGAAUUUUUGAAGCUAUCCAAUUGCUGCAUCGAAGAUAGAAGCAGCAGUAGCAUCACCGACUGUCAGAACCCACGAGGAGAUGAUGCCUUGUUAUCCCUUCCAGUCAAUGAGCCUUUCCCCACUUCCUUUUUUGCAAACAGCGAUGGAGUGAAUGUUUAUAAUGCUAGCCAAGAGGACGACCAGGAGUUUAACGAUGACACGGGGAAGAAUGAUCCAAGCGGAAGCUCCACCAGCAUCAACAUCAGUCGUGCCACCGGUGUGAAUGCCUCACGUGGGGGUACUCUCCCCCCAGCAAGGGACUCUCCCUUCAACAUGCACAGUAACCCAAUUAACAGUUUUACCAUGGAGAGCAAAAACUUCAGUUUACGAAAUAUGGCCCUUGGUGGAGGUGCCAUCAACACAAGUGGGAAGAGUCCCUCUGUGGGAAGCUUCUCCCCCAUGCAAUUCACAGGCAAAUGGGAUUAUAGCACCGUCCCCUUCAAAUCGGAUUUUAGCCCCUUCAGUGUGCCUCCAAGCGGUGAUCCUCCCCCCAGCAACAACCCCCCUAAGCCCACUGCCCAGGAGAACCAGGAGGAUGACUACGACAAUUUGGAGGACCUCAUGUGA